AUGACAGCAAAGUUGCUGAACGAGGCAAGGAGCCAAAACGAGCAACCUGUAGUCAUCAAAGGCGUGCGACACUUCCGGCUGAAAAAUGAACGCGAUGUUCUUCAUCGCUUCCAAGACCGAACCUCAUUUAUCCGACCGCUGCUUGAUGAGAUCAUCGAACCAUCAGACAUUCCAGCUAUUGUUCUACAGCGUUUGGAUGAUCACCUCCUAAAUGCAUCCUCCUCGCGAAAACUAACCACGCACGAAGUCAAAUACAUUGCCAAAAGAAUCCUUAAAGCACUCAAGGUACUCCAUGACGACGAUGUUAAGCCUGACAGUGUUCUCAGUAACUGCCAGGAGGGAGAGAUUCGCUUCAGCGAAGUUCAGUUGGCAGAUUUGGGAGGCACUGUGCGGCUGAAUCUGCAUAUGCAAAGCACCAUGAUAUAA